AUAGUGAAAUGCAACCAUAUGACGUACUUUUUUUUUAAUGGUGCAGAAGAAACAGAAUAGAUUCCUUAGCACGCAAGUCUCAGAGAAAAGAAACAGGUAAAGGCCUGCGAUAUGAAAACUACAUGCAUCACAACCUUGUUUUGGCCCCUCUCUAUGCUAUUAUUAUCAGACGAAAGCCAGUCUUCUAAACCAGAAGUCAAAUGUAAUUUCACUGAAAAGAAUUAUUCUUUGAUUCCAGCAGAUAUCAAUAAAAAUGUUACUAUACUUGAUCUCAGUUAUAACCAAAUUACUUUGAAUAUUACAGACACUAGGGUUCUACGAACAUAUUUUUUACUCACUGAACUCUAUUUGACUGAGAACAAUGUCAUUAUGUUAUAUAAUAAUGGCUUUAGUAACCUCUCCAAUCUAGAAAUUUUAAAUAUCUGUAGAAACUCCAUCCAUGUAAUUGAACAGGGUGCGUUCAUGGGCUUAAAUAAACUAAAACAGUUACAUCUUUGUCAAAACAAAAUAUUUCAACUGAAUCCUGAUGUAUUUGUACCUCUAAAAAACCUGAUACUUCUGAAUCUGCAAGGCAAUUUCAUUAGCUAUUUUGAUGUACCACAACUGUUUCAUCUGAAAUUAAUAAUUUUAUAUGGAAAUCCAUGGAACUGUUCUUGCAGUCUACUGAAUUUGCAAAACUGGUUGAACACAUCAAAUGUGACACUAGAAAAUGAGAACAUCACCACGUGCACCUACCCAGAUAUCCUGAUGUUCUACAGUAUCAAAACAGUACCUUAUAAUGCUGAGUGCUACUCGAAAUUUCCUCCACCUAUAAAUGAAGAUCUUUAUAACCACUUUCAGUCCAUUAGCAACUCAACAUUUAACAGCUCUUUGAACAACUUAAAAAAUUCAGAACAUACACUUCUUGGAAAAAGCUGGGCUUUUCUGGUUGGUGUGGUGAUCACUGUACUGAUGACUUCAUUCCUCAUUUUUGCUGCUAUCAAAUGCCCAGUAUGGUAUAAUUUUCUGCUUAGUUAUAAUCAUCAUCGCUUGGAAGAGCAUGAAGCAGAAACCUAUGAAGAUGGUUUUACUGGAAAUUCAAGUUCUCUUUCACAGGUCCCAGAUACAAACUCUGAAGAAACUAUAGUAAUAUUUGAAAAACUACAUUCAUUUGUGGUAGAUGACGAUGGGUUUAUUGAAGACAAAUAUAUAGAUACUCAUGAAUUACAUGAAGAAAAUUAAUUCCCUUAAAUGCUUGUUUUUUUAAUAAAUGUUAUCGGUUUACUCACAAUUUAGACAUAAAUGGAGAUUAGGCAUGUGAUAUACCAAACUGUGGCUAGUAGACUUUCCUAUUAAUUGCAACACACAGGAAUAUCAUAAAAUCAUGUUUUUCUCAUUGGUACUGAGCAAGUAGGUCCAAACAUAGUAAAUGGUAUCCUCUGGUAAGCUUACAGGGACAAUAUUAGCAUUACUAUUUUCAGUAGUAUUCAGGAGACCAUACAACCUAAUAAGGAAAAGACUUAUUAAAUUAUUUAUUAAAAUGAACUGAUUCUAAUAUUGGCCCACAUAUUUGAUAUAAUAUAUAUUAAGUUAUAAUAAACUUUUAUUGAGUAGAAUCAGUAAAAAAUAAAGUUUUUUUAAAGUCUGCCUCUCAAAUAAAUAAAUAAAAUCUUUAGAAAAAUUUUUUUAAAAAUUAAAGGUUUUGGAUUUGUCAAAGUGAAAAUGCUUAAACAUACAACACACCAAGAUUCAUUUUAUACUCAUAGAAUGAACUCAUGGAAUUAGAAAACACUUUUUUAAAUGCUUUCUGAAUUAGCACAAUAAAUUUCCUAAAAAUUUAGUACCAACUUAAAGCACGGGUACAAUGUCCAAGCACAAUUCCUAAUAAGUUACUACAGACUUGAAAAAAAAAAAAGGUACUACUGCUUUCAGUUAUAAAGACCAUCACCAUAAUGCAUGAUUAUCAUAACUGAAUAGUAUGAUAAAUUCCAAAGUGAGUAUCACAAGUCUCCACAAAUCUUGUUUUUCAAAAUCUGUAUUUCUGCCUCUCUUUGGAAGAGUCCUAUUCAUAUGAGUCUGUGCUGGGACAGAGGAAUCUUCAGUUGGUCCAUAGACAAAUGUUUGGGAUCCUGUAGAUAGAGCAAUGUUUCCCAAAUUGUUUUCUAGAAUAUUAAUUUCCAGGGAAAUGCUCAGAAAUAUUUAUAGGGG